UAUGACGUCAUCCUGGUUGUUUGCAAGAAGAAGGAAAAAAAAAAAAAAGACAAGCGUUGGAGUUAGCUGUAGAUUUACCGUCUAAAAGAACGGAUUUAUGGUUAAAAUAAACUAAAACUCCCAUCUAGAACCAUGUCUACGCCAGCCCGGAGACGGCUUAUGAGAGAUUUCAAAAGGCUUCAGGAAGAUCCUCCUGCUGGGGUCAGCGGGGCUCCAUCUGAAAAUAACAUCAUGUUGUGGAAUGCAGUAAUAUUUGGACCUGAGGGAACACCAUUUGAAGAUGGAACUUUUAAGCUAGUGAUAGAAUUUUCUGAAGAAUACCCGAAUAAACCUCCCACUGUCCGAUUCAUCUCAAAAAUGUUCCACCCAAAUGUUUAUGCAGAUGGGAGUAUAUGUUUAGAUAUCUUACAGAAUCGCUGGAGUCCAACAUACGAUGUUUCAUCUAUUUUGACCUCUAUUCAGUCUCUGUUGGAUGAACCAAAUCCCAAUAGUCCAGCCAACAGCCAGGCUGCUCAGCUUUACCAAGAAAACAAACGGGAAUACGAGAAGAGGGUAUCGGCUGUUGUAGAGCAGAGCUGGAACGACUCCUAACAACGAGAAGAGUACUUCUCACCGCUGUUAAACUCAAUCUUUCAUUUACCUCAUUGAGAGAAAAAAAAGUUAAAAACUCAAAAAAAAAACUUAAGUGCCACAAGUUUAAAAAAAAAAAAAAAAAAAAAAAAAAAAUUGGGACUUUUAGUGCUUGCCAACAUGUUUGAAAAAUACCAGCCACUGAGGUUUGUGUUACUCUUGUGUUUUUAAUGUGUUCUUUUUAUUGCAUGAUGUGAAAUAAGUUAUUGCUAACUAAACUUGUAUUAUAUCUUCUGUUCUUUUUCUUUUUGUUGGGUGGAUGCUGUUAUUGUUCAGUUUCCAAAGAACCAUUUUUUUAUGUUUUUCCUGGUUUAAAGAAAACCAGCCAUUUAGAAUAUACUAAUUUUGUCAGAUUUAUUGGUGCAAUGGCAGAUGUCAGGUUUUUUUUUUUUUUUUUUUAAAGCAACAGACAUUUAAUAAAAACAAACAAAUUAUAUCAACCACAAUCUUGUUCGUAUAUUGAAUAUGGAAAUUAGCUCACUAUGUCUCCUCUCUCCCAAAUGUGGUUUUGGAGGCUAAUCAAACGAAAAAACAAACCCAAGUGGUUCUGGAUGUCAGAUAUUACACAUGUCAAGAUUUUCAACCUUUGGACAAAAAAGAAUGCCAGGUGGCAAUUUAGCUUUGAGAGAUGAUUAAAUACCAAACUCCUCAUCUCAACAGCAAGCAGCAUAUUAUGGCCCACUCAGAUGAACAAAUACAAUUUCACACUAUUCUUUGCAAUCACUGGCUUUUCUUGUACAGACUGUAAAGGGACAUUUUGUGGAGUCACACAAUUUAAGUGCAAAAUUAAGUUAUGUCAUUGCUUUUUAUAGAGAACGGCCAAAUUUGUUCACAAACCUGCCUGAAUGCAGUGAGUUCUGAUCAGAUGGAAUAGUUCAGAUAUCUGAUGUUGUAACAUGGAAGGUGGUAGAAUAACAUGCCGUUAAGUUUAGGUUGUCUACUGUCUGUCUUUCUUUUCUGGAGAGAGGUGGCAUAGUUCUAGUGGAACGAAACAAGAAUUGUGAUAACCAUGUGAGUAUACUAAAUUAUUACUCGCCACCUGCUAUGAAAAUGAUGCAGGUAUUUAUUUUCUUGUUGUCUUUGUUUUCCAUCUACAAAGGCUUUGGGGUAAACAUACAUGUUCUGUUCAUUUCUUUGUGGCUUACAUUUAAAGGUAAUUGAAGAGGAGUAUUUGUGCACCUUGUCUAACUGUAAUAGAAACUGAAAAACAAUUAUGGAUAGCCAAGAAAUGUGUUCAUUAAUCAGACUUUAUUUAGAGAAAAUAGUGGUGACUGUAUGAACACAGCUGUAGUGCUUGGGUUUCACUGAACCUAAUGGAAAGGGAGAUGUUCUAAAGCUAGUUUUUGUGAAUUUAUUAGGACAUGAUGUAUACUUCUAAUAUGCUGUAUAAACACAAUAAAGACAUUUUACAGACUUUAA